AAGAAUUUAGAAAAUAACAAGUUUGAAUGGCACCGAAUUGGGAUAUACAAAUAAGAAUAUUUUGUCAAAGACUACGUCCCCAAACUGUGUAAGUUGAGUUCAGCAAACAGAUACGGACCUUAGGAACAAUUAGUUAACGGAUGUCUUCAUAUACAGUGAGUCAAACACGGAACUUUAUUUAACAGUACAAACUAUUAAAGGUUCUAUUUUAUUGAUUGUGGACAAGCUUGUGCCAUAUCAUGUUCAGUUCAUCCUUGAAGAAGGCCAGGAAAACCUACAAAACUUGCUCAAUGAAUACGUGAAUUCAUCUUUUAAAAAUACAGAUACAACUAUAACCAGUGUGUUUAAUUCAUGUUUACAAAAAUGGGAUACCUUUGCGAAGAGAGGAAUAGAAUCCUCGGAACCUAUUUCAGAUAAUGGACGAGGUAAACCAGAUUCUUCUGAGACGAAGAAAAAACCUGCUGAAUCCACUGAAAAGGUCUUUGAUGAUUUUUCGGACUUAAGAAUCAAAGAGAUAGUUCUCCCCAAGGACUCUUCUCGAUCAGGAUUUAGUAGUACGAAGAUGAAAUCUUUAGACUAUGAGAAAGAAGUCGGGUUACAGAAGGGCUUAGGUAGCUCAGAUACAGCUAUUCCUCAACAAAAAAUACCCGGAAAAGAAGACUGUGAUCAGGAUAAUAAUCAAGUCACUACCUUUAAGAACACUCAAAUACCCAAACAAGCUAAACCAUUGCAACUUGAAGGAAAUGACUACUCUCUUGAGCUAACAAAUCUUAAUUUGAUCAAUGUAGGUGUUUUAAAAGCACCUAGAUUGAAACUAGUGAUAAAAUGUGUCCGCUGUCAUUACGGGAAUGAGGUUUCUGUACAAGAAAAAUAUUCCCUGGCUUGUUCAAAGUGUAAUAAUGGUUUGCAAGUCAUAUGGUUGCCUGGAACUGUUCAUCUAAAUUCAUCAAGGUUGGGUGUUCUUGAUCUAAUAGGAUGUGCACCUGUUGAUGUUAUGCCCAUUGAUUGUUUUGUCUCAUGUUUAGAAUGUACAGAUGAGCAAGUAAUAGUCUUUAAAGGAGUUUCUUCUAUGCAGCCCAUGGCUCAAUUUUGCAGAUCAUGCAGGACAAGGACGUUAGUCCACUUUCAGGAUACCAAAUUUCAGUUAUUGAAGCAACGUGAACAAGCACUUGGUUCCAGGAAGCCUUCUAAUAAAAGCAACAAACAAAAUCUCGGGAUCGUAAAGGGUACGCCCCUUCCUAAUCGCGGUGCUUGUGAACACUACAAGAAGUCAUAUCGGUGGUUUCGUUUUCCGUGCUGUAAUCGAAUCUAUGCUUGCGAUAAGUGUCAUGAUAUUGAUCAAGAUCACCUCAAUGAAUAUGCCAAACGAAUUAUCUGUGGUUAUUGCUCCUUUGAGUCUAUGUACACCAAAGAAGGAACAUGCUCGCAUUGCGGAAACUUUACAACGCGUCGUCAGAAAAGUGCUUUUUGGGAAGGCGGUCAAGGAAUGAGAGAUCCAAUCCGAAUGAGUAGAAAAGAUCCUAGAAAGUACAAGAGAAUUACCUAACGCAAAUAAUGGAGUAUAAUGCUUUUCUAUUGUCUAAAUUAUGAAUAAUGAAAUAACUGAUGAUUAUAACUUUAUUAAAAAUUUUUGAUCACUUAAAAAACAUCUUAAGAUAACAUAGCUAAAGAUCCU